ACACAGCUUGGCCUACUCUACAGUGAAAAAGAAUGGAUGGAUGAAUGGGAAAAUCUGAUAAAGCUGGCAUCUCCAGAGCCCAGAUCCAUACAAAACCUAGAAGAGAUUCACAUCUUCGCCCUCUGCCACAUUCUAAGAAGGCCCAUCCUAGUUGUGGCCGAUACAAUUCUGCAUGACAGCAACGGAGAGGCCCUGGCCCCGAUAUCUUUCGGGGGGGUUUAUUUACCCCUCGAAAUUUCGCCAUCUUGUUGUUACAAG